UUUAAGAAAAAGCAAAGCAAAACAAAAAGAAAUGGCAAAGAACAUUAACUCAGUUUGUUUCACCGUUCUCUUGGUUGUCUUUAUCAUGGCUACCACUGAAAUCCUGAAGAGCGAUGCUGCACCUGCAUGCUUCACGUUCUUAGACGAGUGCGGCCCAGACCCGUUCCCUGGUACGAACGUUGAUUGCACUAAAUGUUGCAGAAGCACAUACAAGGGUCAACAUGUAUGUAAAGGGGUUGUUGAGGGAAGCGAGAACCACUGCCAUUGCUACCAAAGAACAAAAAAAGAGUGACUGCUGUUUUCGUUGGUUUUAAUGUGUGUUUACGUUAAUGUACAAGUUUCUUUUGUUUCCAAAUAAAGCA